UACAUAGCCCACAGCUGACAGGAAGCGGAAGUGGUGACCCCCGGAAGUAGUGGUACUCCUGAGCAGCGUGGUUGUAAGGCUCCGAACGGACUGUCUAUCCGUGUCUGUAGGACAUCAUGGCUGGAAUUCUGUUUGAAGAUAUCUUUGAUGUAAAGGAUAUUGACCCUGAAGGAAGAAAAUUUGAUCGAGUCUCCAGGCUGCAUUGUGAAAGUGAGUCUUUUAAGAUGGACCUUAUCCUUGAUGUGAACAUUCAGAUAUAUCCUGUGGAUCUUGGUGAUAAAUUUCGCUUGGUUAUUGCCAAUACGCUAUAUGAGGAUGGAACAUUGGAUGAUGGAGAGUUCAACCCCAAUGAUGACCGACCUUCCAGAGCUGACCAGUUUGAAUAUGUCAUGUAUGGAAAAGUCUACAGGAUAGAAGGGGACGAAACAUCCACAGAAGCUGCUACUCGCCUGUCUGCAUAUGUAUCGUAUGGUGGUCUAUUGAUGAGACUACAGGGAGAUGCUAAUAAUCUUCAUGGUUUUGAAGUGGAUUCCCGUAUUUACCUCAUGAUGAAGAAACUUGCCUUCUAAAGAUGACUAUUUGGAAAAGAAAAGAGUUAUUGUGUAGUAAUAUGCAUUAUUGGAAUUUAACAAUUUGGCCUAGGAUUAAUUACAAAAGUUCUCUGACCUUUGUAUUUUUUGUAUUUAAUUAAACUAUAUUUUUUUAUGGUUGCUUUUUCUUUUGCAUACAGGAUGUAUUAAAUCCUUAAAAUAUAUUCUAUGAAGCUAUUACAGUUCUCAAUAUGGAAACUGCAUAAGAAAAAUGUUUAAUGGAAGCUAUACCUUCUAAAAAAAUAUAUGCAGCAUUUAUAACGUGCAUAAAGAAGCAGGCUACCCUAGUAGAUAGAUUUGGGUUCACCUUAAAAAAAAAAAAAAAAAACGCCCUGUGCAGUCCAUUGAAAAAACAUUCCUUAAUGCUAAACGAAUCCCAUUUUUAAAAAGAUGCAUUGAUACUUUUCCCAUAUCUGUAGGUCAUUUGUGCACGGUGUGAAGCCUGCCCCAAAUGCUUCUGAUGUUUUUUACAGCUGUCUUGUCCUCUUCUCUAGGAUGGGGCAGCUGUUAGGACAAGUGCCCCCUAGUGGUACAAGAGCGAGCACCCAGCAUACAGGCAUACCCCGCUUUAAGUACACUCACUUUACAUACACUCGCGAGUAAGAACAUACCUGUGAGUGUAUGUAAAGUGUGUCAUAAGCUAAAGCUGCAGCUGAGUAAUCCGUGCAUGGAUAGGUCAGAUUCCCUGCUACUUGAAAAAACACUCCCUGACACCCCCACUACAGCCCCUGACACCCCCACUACAGCCCCUGACACCCCAGAAGUGAAGAAAAGUAUUGCUUCACGUUAACUACAUUUUCAUUUUACAUACAUGCUCUGGUCCCAUUGUGUACUUAAAAGUGGGGUAUACCUGUAUGUGCAAUACUGUCUCUUGUUUCCAAAGAUGAUCUCAACAGCUGCAAAGCUCUCUUUUUCCUGUCGCAGCCACUAAACUCAAUGCUCAUGUGCGGGGCUCAGAAAAGGGACGGCACUAAUCUUAACUAUUUCUAGAAAAGGACAGGAUGGUCCUGUGAAAACUGAUGAGCGGCGACCGCAAUGCGCACAGGUCAUGGUCGCUGCUCACUUGCGUGUCAUCGCCCAGCCCCUACCUACAAUAUCAUCCUAUUGGCAGAGGGCGAGAGGAGCUCUCUAUUUCGAUCUGCAGCUCCUCCUGCCCCUUGCUCUACUGAUAGUAUGACGUUGGACAGGCUACACUCCAUGCACAAAUGGUCCACAGGUAUGGGAGGAAGCAUGAAUGCAAAUUUUUUAAAUCGGAUUAGUUUACAGGGAUGUCAAACUCAAUUUAAUUGUGGAACGCAUCAACAUUAUGGUUGCCCUCAAAGGGCCGGUUGUAUCUGUAAGACUACUGAUCUAUUCACGUACAUAGGAGUACUCAGGAGAACACGGCAUGCAGAGUAAAGGGAUGUGCAGGGUUUAGGGUCACACUAUGCACAGUGUGCAACACCCAUUCUGAAAGCUUCCUUGCAUCUCUACUCUUUACUACACAUGGCUUUAUUACACAUGUAUCUGGCUCUAGUACCUCCCUGUGCAGGCAACUCUGAGAUUGUUCUCUCUCUGAUUCUGGAGAUCUGUCCCUGUCAUGAGUGCGUUCGGGGAUCUAUUAGCUACAGGUGCCACAGAGAGCAAAGCUGUCUCUUGUAUACACAGAUGACUUCUGUGUAUACAGGUAAAAGCAGGAGCAGGUGGCGAAAUGGAGCUCCACUAUGUUUUGGCUGCAAAACUGGGUGCGAGGGCCACAUAAAAUGGCAUGGCAGCUGGAUUCAGUCCACGGUGUCUCGUAAUUGACAAGUGGCAUAGAGUUUUUGUUUUUUUUAAGGUGAACUAAAACCUUAAAAAACAAUGUAAUCUCAGACCCGUAGUGAUGCAUCCUUCAGUGGCUGUGCUGUUCUUGUUGGUAAUUCUGGCCUGACCUUUUAUUAAGUGGACAGUAUGAAACAGACGUGUCCACUUGUCUACAUCAUCUAUCACUGAUAGAAACAGCGUGGCCAGUGGCUCUGAACACUGGGAGCAGACUGUGGGGUGCAGUGCUCAUGGUCGGAGCUAACAGGCAUACAUAUUACUAAUUGGUAAAAAUGCCCAGUGUUUACUACAUUUUUUUUUUUCUUUAUUGAUAAAAGGUACAGCUGGGCUUUAAUGGUGUUCAUAUUUCAUGCAUAAUGUGACCCAAGGCUAGCUGGUGGAAUUUAAUUUUAGAUAUGUUUUACUAGUUUUUGAAAUAAGCCUUCUUUUCAGUAAUACGUUUUAGAGAAGCUGUUGUAAAAAGAUUUUCCCAUUGUAAAUAAAACACUUGUUCUAUG